AUGUCCAAAAAGAAAAGGGAGGAAAACAUGUUCCAUAUCAGCAACUUAUCCCUUACGAGGGAAAUCGUCAUGCUAUUCACGAUAUGUUCGGCGCAAGGAAUGGUGCAGGCUUCGCUAGCACAGGGUUUCCUCCCUGGUAUAGUGAUUGGAGAGGCCUUUGGAGCAGAGCCAACCGACAUCGCCUGGUAUCCCGCUGCCUACGCGCUCACAUCGGGUGCCUUUAUGCUAGCAUUCGGCCGUGUGGGGGACAUCGUCGGCCAUAAACGUCUGUUCGUUGCGGCAUGGGGUUGGUUUGCGUUAUGGGCUCUCCUCGCAGGCAUAUCUGUCUACAGUAAAUCGCAGGUCUUCUUUGACAUCUGCCGCGCCUUCCAGGGCAUCGCUGCCGCCGCAUUGGUCCCGAGCGCACUGGCGAUUCUUGGGAGUAUCUACAAGCCGGGUCCCAGGAAGAAUCUGGCAUUUUCGCUCUAUGCGGCCGGGGCGCCGAUCGGCUUCACCCUCGGGGCAGUCUUUUCGGCGUUGCUCGCUCAGCUGGCAAGUUGGCCAUGGGUUUUCUACAUCAACGCGAUUGCCUGCCUGAUAUACGGGGGUUUGGCAUGUCUCUUCGUCCCACAUAUCGAUAGGAAGCCUUCGCAGACAAGGGAACCAUUCGAUUAUCUGGGAACGUCGACAAUCAUCAGUGGGCUUAUUCUUCUCAACUUUGCUUGGAAUCGUGCCCCAGAAACAGGAUGGGCCAGUGCCCAAUGCAUCACGACCCUUAUCAUCGGUCUGCUCCUUAUCGCUGUCUUCUUCCGACUUGAAAAACGAACAACGCACCCGAUUGUCCCGGUGGCACAGAUCGACCGCGACGCUGCCUGGAUCCUUCUCGUCGAAGGUCUUGGGUGGUCAUCCUUUGGUAUACUGUGCUAUUAUUCGAUCAACUUUUUGAUUCGUCUUCGCGGCAAUACCAUGCUCUCAGUGGCAGCACAGCUCAGUCCAGUGCCGCCGGCUGGUAUCGCUGCCAGCGUCUUGACUUCAAAUCUUCUGACCAGGGGGGUCACGCCGCCAGUCAUUCUCGCCUUCUCGCUGAUCUGGUUUUGCGUCGGCAACAUCAUCCUGGCAACAAUGCCCGUCCACCAAACCUACUGGCGCAACGUUUUCUGGGCGUACUUACUCAGUCCCUUCGGGAUGGAUAUGAGUUUUCCCGCAGGGACAAUCAUGUUGAGCAAUCUCGUGCCCCUUGAACACCAAGGUAUUGCAGCGAGUCUCAUCGCGACCGUCGUUUACUAUUCUCAGAGCUUGGGUCUUGGCAUUGCUGGCGUGGUGGAGGUCAAUGUGGCACACGAUUCGGUGCUCGAGGGGUACCGUGGUGCAUUGUAUCUUGGAAUUGGAUUGAGUGGUUUUGGGUUCAUCGUCGGGGUGGGCUAUGCCCUCCAGUGCAUGAGACAGAACAAGACAAACCCGGAAUCGAACGACAGAGUAGAAUCCACAGAGGCAGCAUCCAGUGACCAGCCGUAA